CUUGAAAUUGCCAUGUCGUUCCCGCUGCCGACCGACUUUUUCGAGUGCCCACGCUUGGAGGCGGUCGAGAAGGAGUACCUUAUCAACCUCGCGCUCAAGGCGUGCCACGACACGGUGCGCAACGCGAUCCAGUUGCAGUCGGCGCCAAUCGAAGCCGUCCUCACGAGCGACAAGACCAAGCGCCAUGCACGCAUUCGCCGCGGCACUGACAUUAUCAACAAGUCACUCGCCGUGAGCUGCGCGUACACGCAAAUUCAGUCGUCGAUCGAGGAGGUCGCCGACUUCUUCUACCUCGACUCGCUCCCGAAACUCCGCGCGUAUGCUCGAACCGUCGGCCAAGUCGUCUUGGACCGGCAAACUCUCUACACGCUCGUGCCCCGGGAGCCCGCGGGUGGACGACUGCACUACAUUGGCAUCGAUUGGAUGGCGAUCGAGUGCCCCGUGCUCGUCGCCAACCGCGAUGCGUGCUUUCUCGAAUGCCACGAAGAGUUUGAGUUUUUGGAGCCGGGAACAAACGCCCUUCGCCGCGGCUUUGUGCGCUCGAUGCACUCGGUGGACCUCGACUGCUGCCCGCCGCUGAAAGAGAGCCACAACGUCGUGCGGCUGUCGUUUGUGCGGAGUGGGCACGUGUUCAUCGAGACGGACGAGCCCGGCUUGCUCAACUACUACAGCGUGUACGGGACGCAGCCCAACGGCAAGACAGUCAAAGCCGUCGCCUUUGCGGUGCAGCACAAGCAGUGCGCGCGGAUUGCGCGGCUCGAAGAGCACUUGCAGUACCAGCGCAUGGUGCAGACGCUAGGCAACAUGGCCAAGACGCCGCGCCCACUUCAAAACAAGACCGACGCGGCCUUUUGCGGGCGCUGCGACAAGAAAUUCCAGCUCUUUAGCACCAAAAAGCACUGUGAAAUGUGCGGCAUCGUGGUGUGCUCGAGCUGCUGCCAAAAGCACGAAGUCGUCUUGCAGCUCACGCCCUCGACGUACCUUGUGUGCACGUACUGUUUUACGAGCGGCCGCGAGGUCAAGCCCCUCCCCACGUCGCCCAUGCGCUGUGGUGUCAUUGCGGACUUCCAGCGGUCGUCGGCUGGCAGCCGCAGCGUCUCGCGCCGGUCCAGUGACACGUCGAGCACGUGCACAAAGCUGAGCUGGACCCACUCGGCUGUGAACGCAACCCCGAGUGUCGGCGACGAGAAGGACAACUUUGUUUUGCUGGAUCUGACCAAAGACAUUGAGAACCUCCGCUUUCACUUUUCCCCGCCGCCACCGGGACGCCGCGAAAAGUCGGCCUCGCUGCAGUACUACAUGGACGCCGACCUCAAGCAGCCACCGCCCGCGCGGCCCCAUCGCGCGACGACCUACUCAUCUCUACUCGAGUAGACAAUCCUUCCUCUAUAUAUAAUUCUAGUACUUUUGCUAGUCACCUACA